AUGACCGGCAUAGCCCUUCACCUGCCAGUUCACACAGCUGAUCACGGGGGAUACAAACUUGGAGAUAAUGUGUUCACGGGAGACUGCAUGCUCAACGCGGACGUUGGCCGCGGGCGCUGCGACUUUCCCGGUGGCGAUGCACAGUCCCAGUUUCAAUCCAUGCAACGCCUUCUAUCGUUCCCGCCAGAGACGAAAUUAUAUACGGGACACGAUUACCCGCCUACGCCUACGAACCAGCAUCCGGCCCGUAAUCCUUUGCCUUAUAGCACUGUGGCUGAAGAGAAAGAGAAAAAUAAGUACCUUGAAGAUGACUCGUUUGAGGAGGCGUCUGUCAAGUGGAGAAAUAAGCCGGAUAAGGGUCUUGGUAGGCCUAGACUUGUGCAUCAGACAUUGCAGAUUAAUAUUCGUGGGGGAAAGAUGCCGAGCAGGUCGUGA